AUGGCAGAGCCCACCGUCACAGUCCCCUUCCUCAUCAACGGUAAAGAGGAGUACUCUUCGGCUACCUUCGACGUAAUCAGCCCCUAUACCAACGCGCCCUGCUGGGCCGCCGCUGCAGCCACCCCGCAUGAUGCCAUCCGCGCCGUCGAGGCCGCCGACGCCGCCUUCCCAGCCUGGUCGCAGACCAAACCCACCGUGAGACGGGACAUCCUGUUCAAGGCAGCCGACCUACUGGAGCAACGCCUCGAGCAGAACGCCGAGUAUAUGCGCACGGAGAUGGGCGCGGAUGAAGGCGCAUCUGCGGGGUUCGUGGUCCCGCUGGCGAUUCGCAUGCUGCGCGAGGUGGCCGGCCGGAUUACCUCCAUCUGCGGGAGUGUGCCGGUUGUCGAGGCAGAGGGGCAAAGUGCAAUUGUGUUUAAGGAGGCGAUGGGUGUGAUUUUGGGGAUUGUGCCGUGGAACGCUCCCUACGUCUUCGGCAUCCGCUCCGCUGCCUGCGCCCUGGCAGCGGGCAACACUACUGUCUUGAAAUCGUCCGAGCUCACGCCGCGCUGCUACUGGGCUAUUGGUCGCGCUUUCGAGGACGCCGGUUUGCCCGCAGGCUGUAUGAACGUCGUGCACUGCCGGCCGCAGGACGCACCCGAGGUCGUAAACGCGAUGAUCGAGCACCCCGCCGUGCGCAAGAUCAACUUCACCGGCAGCACGGCUGUGGGCCGCAAGAUUGCGCGCGCAUGCGGCCAGAAUCUGAAGCCUUGUCUGAUGGAGCUCGGCGGCAAGAACAGCUCUAUCGUAUGCGCGGAUGCAAACCUGGAGACUGCCGUGCAGGGUGUUUUGGCUGGUGCCUUUUUGAAUUCCGGCCAAAUCUGCAUGGCAACAGAUCGUAUCCUCGUCCACUCCUCCAUCGUACCCACCUUCACCGCCGCCCUUAAGACCGCCCUCGCCGCCGGCGCCUCCGCCUCCGCCCUGCCCCCUACCCUCGUCAACACCGCCUCGAAGACCCGCGUCGAGGCGCUCGUCUCUAGCGCGGUCGCCGCUGGCGCACACUUCAUCUCCGGCUCUGCGGACUCGCAACUCCCCGCGAACUCGGGCGUGCGCAUGGCGCCCGCCAUCUUGGGCGGCGUGAGAGAGGACAUGCCCGUCUGGCAAGAGGAGGCGUUUGCAUCCGUGGCGGCAUGCAUGGUCUUCGAGAGCGAGGACGAGGCGGUGCGGCUGGCAAAUAGCAGUGGGUAUGGGCUGUCGGCGAGUGUGUUUACGGAGGAUUUGCGGCGGGGGCUGGCGAUGGCGAAGCGGAUUCAGUCUGGCGCUGUUCAUAUUAACAGUAUGACUAUCCAUGAUGAGCCCGUGCUGCCGCAUGGUGGUGUGAAGAAUAGCGGCUGGGGCCGGUUCAAUGCGGAUGAGGGCCUAAAUGAAUUCCUGUCAACGAAGAGUGUAACUUGGAUGGAUUAG